UUUGCCGAUAAGAAAGUGAGGGAAGGUUCUAAAAGUUCUUACGGGCCGCGAGCACUGCUUAGUAGUCAAUCUAAGUUCUUUUCUUUUAUCCAUGGCUGAGGUUCAGACUAAAUCCUAAGGCCACGGCACAUACAUAACCUAACGUUAUAAUGAAUCUACUUUUGAUUUUUUAGAAACGAUAUAUAAAAUAAUAUUUCUAUUUUAUCAAUUAAUAGUUGUGUACCGAGUAAGUUUAAUAAUUUAUAUGUCAUAAAUGUGAAAAUGACAAUGACAUCUACCAUUAAAAUUGUUAAUUAAAUCGUCGACAUUACCUUCAUAACCACUUGUGUAUAUAUGUAAUUUUAUAGCUCAAUGAAAAUGUUACAAUUUAAUACUACUAUUUGUACCAUAAGUACAAGAUUCACACCUCGAUUACGUUGGCGAAUUACUGCAUUGUUUGCAACAAGCUCAAUGUCUUCACAGGAGCCUGGUACUGCUGUUAAGCAAACUCUUAAAUCAACAGAAAAUGGAAUGAACAAAGAACAACAGGAAAACUUUAAUAAACUCAAAAUUUCAGUAUGUAACUCUUUAAAGGCGGACACAAGAAUCGCUUCAAAAAUUAAAUCUUCUGACAAUAUACACGAUUUGUUGGAGCUGAUAAAGUUACCACAUCUGUCACAAAGUGAAAUUUUAAAGACAAUGGAUUCCAUUAUAACAUGGGUAUAUGAGAAUAACAGCAAUACUAAUAAUAAUAAAUCAAAUUUAAUACAAGAUAAUAAUAAUAAAGUGAAGUUAGAAACUGAAACAGAAACCGACAAUGAAUUUGUGACUAAGUAUGGUGAACUUUCUACAACUUCAAUGAUCCAGGAAAUAAGCAAAUUAGCAAAAUUGAAAAAAAGAAACCUGAAACAAUUACAAUUUUUAUUUAAUAACAUUAGUGAAUAUCAUGAAAAUUUCUCUGUAGCACAUAUUUCAACCAUACUAUACAGUAUGGCAACUUUAUCUUAUAUCGAUGAGCCAUUCCUUGAUAAGAUGAGUUCGUAUCUUAUGUCACGUAUCAUUAAAGUAAACUCUGGUGCAGUAAGAUCUAUAUUAAAAUCUAUGUCGGUGCUUAAGUAUAAAAAUUCAGCUCUUUUAAAUCAUAUAUGUAAAAUGUUCGUUGAAACUAAAGAACGACCGGAGAGUUGGUAUAUAUUAAAUAUUAUACAGUCACUUGCAUUACUGGGCGAGCAAUCGAAAGAAGUGCAUAUGAUGAUACAGAAAUUCAAGCCACAAGUGACAUUAGAUGUAUUAGGAUUUGAUAACUGGUUAAGCUAUGUUUGGUGCUUAGUUUUGCUUAAUAGUGCAUCAAAUUCAGAUGUUGAAUCUGUAUUAAAUGAUCAAUUUGUCACAACACUAUUUUCUGCAGCAUUCGAGAGGAACUUGCUCCAAGAAGUAAAAUUACAGAAUAUUAAUGGUGCUGCAAAAUAUAUUCUAAAAGAUUAUCAUGGACCACUGCUAAAUACAGCUAUUGUAAACCAUCAUAUAAAACCACAUUCAUCACAAAAAUUAUUAUAUAUUGAUGUAUUAAAACAAACAUUAGAGGCCAUAUCACCAUCACCAAAGAGUUUUACAAUGAACGUAAAUACCAAAAUGGGCUUUCUUUUGGAUGCCGAAUGUUACAUAGAUUCUAAAUUUAAUAUUAUCAAUCCAGAUAACACAACAGAACAAACAGAUAAAUUAGCCAUAUUAGUACACGAUUAUCACUCUUAUUGCCAUGGAGUAGUAGAGGUUCACGGAAUAAUUCAAUUAUACGAGAGAUUAUUAGAACAUAGCGGAUAUAAAGUUUUACCAAUUUGUUAUAAACAAUUUGGUCUAGAUGACAAACUUAUUAAGCGUGAGACAUUUUUAAAACAUCGUAUUCAACAAUUAUCGUCAGUAUGAUUCGAUAUUAUGUAAUAUAUAAUAAAUAAACGACAUACUUUACGUUGA